GUUGUUUGUUUUGAGAAAAUUUUUCUCUCAAAAUUAAUCAACAAAGAUGUUUAUUCAUAUGUUUUGGUGAUAAUUUAUUUACCUUUUUUUCUUUUUGUUUUUCGUUAUUUUGGUUAAUUAGGUGAUUAAGUUGAUUAUAAUCAUGGCUAUGAAAAGGUUAAUUUCUGGUGUUAAUCAAAUGAUUAAAUCUAGUGAAUCAAAAGCUAGUCGAUUGGUUGCUUAUGAAGGUGGUCAAUACGUUCCGAUGGUUAAAAAGGACAUCCCAUUACCUGCUCCAAUUGAUAUUCCUUGUCAUCCUGAGCUAUUAACAGUUGAACAUGUUGAUCGUGCAAUUGAAGUUUAUCAAGAGGAAUUUAAGACAAUUACCUGUAGUUAUAUUGAGAUAAAAAAAAGCAUUAUGGCACCUGAAGAUCCAAAGGAUAUGUUUGAUGAAAGUGACAAACAAUUGAGAUAUUACUCAAAGAAACGAUAUCGAUUAAGCGACUUACUUGAAAGAGCGAGGGCCAGAAGUAAAUUGAAGGAUAUAAUCGCUCAAAAGUUUAACCCUAAACGAACAGGGAUUCUUGGACCUGAUUUAGCUGCUUCUCAUUUCAUCACCUAUCGAGGAGGUCGAGUUAAAUUUGUUGGAUCGGACACUUGGGUCUCGACGGACAUUGUCCUACCAAAGGUCAUGGACACGGCCUUCAAGGUGGAACGAAUCGAUGCCUCUGCUUGUGAACUUCGUUACGAAGGUCUUGACAAUUUGAUUAAUCUAAAGCAACUUGUCCAUUUAGACUUAUCUGAUAAUCCACUGGACGAUUGGGCUUGCGGUCGAUUGGCUUGUCAUUUUAGAAAUUCAACCAAAUUGAAAUAUCUCAAUCUCUCCGAUAACAAGGACGUAACAGCGAUCGGUUUACAAUCAUUGAUUAGAAUUCCAACUUUGGAAACAAUUGUAAUCACUGGAACCAAGGCAGCAAAUUAUCAACAUUUAGAACUACUAAUGAUUCUUAUUCAAGAUCUUAACCCUAAAUGUAAAAUUGAAGUUUAAGCUAAUCAACAAACGUGUAAAUUAAGUGUUAUUAGAUAUGUAAAUAGUUGAUGAAAUAGAUUUAAAUGAUUAGUCAAUUAAAAGUUAUUAGAACUUAA